AUCUACCCAAAGUUUACAAGUUAGGCUAUCUUUGUGCCAUUUUAUUUCUAUAUAAUAUAUGUGUAUGUGCGUGGGCGCCCACACACAUAUACGCAGACAAGUUCAUGUUCAAUCUGAGAAGUAGAGACUAAUUUUAAUGAAAUUUGAUUUUUUUUAGAAAAAAGGCUGACCUAGUUAAAACACUGGAAAAUAUUAGAAAGGAAAAAGAAGAAAAUUUUGUAGAUGGUUGGUAGUUUUGGGGCCUUGUAGAUAUGUUACCAUGUCCUUUUGGGAGUCGGGAGUUGGGACGGGCCCUUUUCCAAAAUCUGUUAUUCAUGGCAUCCUACCAAACCCCUUUACGUCAAACCUAUAGAACUCUCCAUUUUCAAACGAGAGAGAAUAGUGUUUACUUCCGAUCACGGUUUCUGUGUUCUUCCCUUUUCUUAAUCUGUCAAAAUCCAUUUGAUUUCUCUUUCCUGUGGGGAUAUCAAAGAUCUGCCACGAAGGGAAAUACCUAAUUUUGAUUGAUAAUUUAGUUACUCUGACCACCAGUUAACUAAUUCUCAUCAUUUUUGGUUAAUUAAGUGCCAAUAUCAGGAUAUAUGAUUACUUUAGUAGUUCAUCCAUAACUGUUAGAUGAUUCAAAUUAGAGGUGAUAGUCAAUUUAGUUUGGUCAGUUUUGAGGUCAACCAAGGAUCGAAUCAAACCAAUCGAUUUUACAAAGAAGAGAUCUAAGCCAAUGUCCAACAAAGAACAAAAUCAUUGGAUUAGUUUUAUUUGGAUUGGCUUAUUAUCAAUUUAGGUCUAGAUUUUUUUCUUCCAAUUCUUAUUUUUAUUAUCACUUUGUUUUGAAAGGGUCAUUUUUGCUAAUUUAAAAUUAAGAUUAGGUCUAUUUUUUUUUUAUAAAUUGAAAAUUUUCCAUUUUUUGCGACAAGCUUCAUAAUAAAUGAUUUUUUUUUUUCCUAAACAACAAAGUUACAUAUACCAUAAUAAUUGAACUAUUAAAAAAUAGUUUAUUUUUAAGGGUAUAUAUAUACCAUUGGAUCAGUUUGGUUUUGAUUGGUUUUUCUAAUAAAAAACAAUCCGAACCAAUAUUUUUUGGUUUUUUUCAAAUACAUACCAAAAUAUCCGUUUUUAUACUAAAGAACCAAACCAAACCAUUAGAUUGGUUUGGAUUGAUUUGUUUAUUUUUUGUUACUCCUAAUUCAAAUAUAGAAAUUUAUUGGCAUUCUAAACUUGGAUUCUUGAAAGUAACAUUCGAGGGGCAAAGGCUUGUAGAAAGGAAAUAAAAGGAUUAUCAAAUUCGUUUAAUAUUUUAAAUUAUAUCAUUUCCUGACAGCUCAAUGUCACGGUAACUUUAAACUAAACUGAACAUAACCAACAACAUCAAGAACGGAAAGUAAAAAGAAAAACUUGGAUGAAAUAGGAGUUCGUUUUUGACUUACAACUAGCUCCCUCUACAUAGCGAAUCUUGCACUGCACGCCUAUUUAGCGACCAAGUAAAGAUAUAGACAAAACAGACCAUAAAGAUUAAACAAAAGUUAAUGGUUUCGGAUCUUUUGGUUUAUUUAAAGCUAAAGAAAACCCAGCCUAAUUUGCACAUUCAGAUGAAAGCAAUCUCUUUGUACCCAAACUCAACACAUUAAUCUCACUUAUAUAACUAUACUCAACCUGCCAGAAAUAAGACAUUACUUCUGUGAGAAAGAAUUGGCAUAUCUAUCAAACAGUUAGUCGAAGGCCGUUGACAUGCCGCCUCUGGGUGUGCAACUCUUUAUUACAGAACGUCAGGUGACGAUGGAUAAUGGCAUAGUCCAAGUCACGUUAUCAAACCCAGAUGGCAUAGUGACUGGAAUUCGAUAUAAUGGAGUCGACAACGUGCUCGAAGUUCUCAACGAUGAAUCUAACAGAGGGUACUGGGACCUCGUGUGGAACUCAUCAGCGUCCACAACUGGAUUGUUUGAUGUGAUAAAGUCUACGGGUUUUGAGGUCAUAGUGGAAAAUGAAGACCAAGUGGAGCUCUCCUUUACCAGAUCAUGGGAUCUGUCUCUCGAGGGAAAGCUUGUGCCUUUAGAGAUUGAUAAAAGGUUUAUAAUGCUCCGGGGUUCGUCUGGGUUUUACUCCUACGCUAUUUACCAACACUUGAAAGAAUGGCCUGGUUUCAACCUUGGUGAAACCAGACUCGCCUUCAAACUCAGAAAGGACAAGUUCCACUAUAUGGCCAUGGCAGACAACAGACAGAGAUACAUGCCGCUUCCAGAUGAUCGCUCUCCGCCGAGAGGUCGAGCCCUGGCAUACCCGGAGGCUGUCCUGCUCGUCGACCCCAUUGAACCAGAGCUCCUGGGAGAGGUGGAUGACAAGUAUCAGUACUCAUGUGACAACAAAGAUAGUGGCGUCCAUGGAUGGAUAUCCACCGAUCCGGCAGUCGGAUUCUGGCUAAUCACCCCCAGCAAUGAGUUUCGAUCCGGUGGACCCGUUAAACAGAACCUUACUUCACACGUCGGCCCAACCACUCUAGCUGUUUUUAUAAGCGCCCAUUACACAGGAGAGGAUUUGGUGCCGAAAAUUGGAGCCGAUGAGGAGUGGAAGAAAGUUUUUGGCCCUGUAUUCAUCUAUCUCAACUCCACUUAUGAUUCCACCGACGCACUUCAACUCUGGGAAGAUGCCAAAGCUCAGGCGACGAUCGAAGUCCAAAGUUGGCCUUACAGCUUUCCUGCUUCGGAUGAUUUUCCAAAGUUAAAUCAACGGGGCAGUAUCAGUGGUAGACUAUUAGUCAGAGAUAGCUACGUUAGUGGAGACUUGAUACCAGCAAACGGUGCGUUUGUUGGCCUGGCUCCACCAGGAGACGUUGGAUCAUGGCAACGAGAGAGCAAGGGUUACCAAUUUUGGAGUAGAGCAGAUGAAAGUGGAAAAUUUUCCAUCGACGGCGUAAGGCCCGACGACUACAAUCUGUUUGCAUGGGUCCCCGGUUUUAUUGGAGAUUAUCGUUACGAUGCUCUCAUCGGCAUUACAGAAGGCAUUGAGAUAGACAUGGAUGACAUAACAUACGAGCCUCCGAGACAAGGAGCUACAAUCUGGGAAAUAGGAAUCCCUGAUCGCUCAGCAGCAGAGUUCUAUGUUCCAAAUCCAAAUCCCAACUACGUCAAUAAGCUCUAUCUUAACCAUCCUGAUAAGUUUCGACAGUACGGUCUCUGGGAAAGAUACAGUGAAUUGUAUCCCGACGCAGACUUGGUUUACACCGUUGGCAUUAGUGACUACACUAAGGAUUGGUUCUUCGCUCAAGUCACCAGGAAGACAGAAAACGGAACAUAUAAGGGAACAACAUGGCAAGUAAAGUUCGAGCUAGACAAUGUCGACAACAAAGCAACUUACAAGCUUCGGAUCGCAUUGGCCUCCGCUUCUCUCGCAGAAUUGCAGGUUGGAGUUAAUGAGGCCAAGGCAAAGCCAGUGUUCUCGAGUGGACUGAUCGGAAGGGACAAUUCGAUCGCGAGACACGGCAUUCACGGCCUGCACUGGGUAUACAACGUGGAUAUUCCGGGCAACCGGCUGGUUACCGGCGACAACACCAUCUUCUUCACGCAACCUAGAAGCACAGGCCCUUUUCAAGCCAUUAUGUAUGAUUAUAUUCGUCUGGAAGCUCCUCCACCUCCUCCAUCCUCCGCUCAUCCUUUGGAAUGAUAUUCCCACUAACGCACACAUCUUUCCAUAUCCUUAAUCCCUACCCACUUUUAUGUUUCACUUUCUUUAUAUUCGAUAAUUAAUUUCUUCGUCUACUUGUUUUUUAAAAUUUAUAAAAUAUCCCACGAGUGAAAAUUAAUAUGCUAAGUUUAAAUGCUAAAUCUUACUUAAAAAAAAAU